AUGCAGCGGGGUCUGUGGACUGUGCCGCGGGACGAUGUGUUCCUCCGCUACAACUUCACUGGCACUGAACCUCUCACCCACUAUACUAUCUGCUAUAGGCUGAGAACCACACCCUUGACUCCCAUUUAUAACGAUGGUGACGACCUCAGAGUCUACGUGAACGACCAAGCCCUAGCGGUCACCUCUAGCACUACGUAUGAGGUCUUACCUGAGCAAUGGGAACACCUGUGCUACCUAAUUAACCCCACCACCGUUACCGUGUACUGGCAGGGUGAGAUCAUACAGGGAGAUAUAACCCAGGUGAGCUUCUGGGAUCGUCUGCUACUGCCGGAGGAGAUCGAGGACUUAGCCAGGUGUCGAGCCCUUGGUCGUGGGAACGUCUUCAGCCUGGACACAGCCACCCUCGAACUGUUUGGGCCCAUCAAGGAGACUAGUCUGGCCCUCUCUGAACUUUGCAGGCAGCCGCCCCGCUAUGUAGUCCUGCCUGAGGGACGAACCUUCUCUGAAUCACUACACAAGUGUCGUUUCUUUGGAGCUUCUAUGGCAGUGGCGAUGUCUGACAGAGACAACAACCUUCUCUUCAGCCACCUGCAGCCAUUUGUGGACGUGUGUGGCAACAACUACUGGAAAAUGUGGAUGGGACUCACAGAUGAAGUAACAGAGGGCGUGUGGGUGAACGUGAACACUGAGGAGCCUGUCAACUACGUCGCCAUAGAGGCGGGGGACCCAGACGGGGGUAUUUUUGACAAUUGUAUGGCGAUGAAGCCAAACGGUUUCUGGGGAGGUGAACUGUGCCGUAUGAAGAAGUGCGGCUCCUGUACACUACUUCCCUCCACCUUCCUCUACCUCCGCGGUCUGUGUUUUGACGAUGGGUACCAGACGAGGUUUCGGUUGGAUGGUUACAUUGACAGUCGACCAUUCUUUCGUGGAUUCUAUGACCAGUCAGUCAUGUGGAGUGGCGAAAGUGAGACGUGGUUUAUCAUCAAUACAGAAAAUAACCAGAGUCUAGCUUGGACACGCCUGGAAGAUACUCAAGAAUACCCACUGGGGCAACACGAGUGGAUCUUCAACUCCACAGUGUGUGACAAUAAUCCAGGCGACGCUGUUAAUAUCAGUCUAUCUAUCUGUAACUCAGGUCAGUUCAUGUGUCUCAACGGGGAGUGUAUCAGCCACCACCUGCGCUGUAACCUUCGCCAUGACUGUGCAGACGGCAGCGACGAGGACAACUGUGGCGUGGUGAUGGUAAACAGUGCUUACCGCUGGUACCUCCCCCCAUCAGGGCCCAACAGAUCCGCCCUUGUCGUCAUUCCCUCCAUAACUCUCACCCGCUUCACCAACAUAGAUGACGUCAACAUGGUUAUAUCCUUAGAGUUCUACUUGACGCUCCAGUGGCGAGACGACAGAUUAACUUUCAAACACCUGAGGGCAGAUAAGGAGACUGUUUUAUACAAGGAGGAUGUUAAAAAGAUCUGGAAGCCUGAAUACCUUAUAAUGAACCUGGACAGUGGGCAGGUGAAGCUCUUGAGCACCGCAAUGUCGAUCACAACAGCCAAAAAUGCCUCCAAUCCUUACUACAACGACGUGGAUACAGAUCUGGUGUACCCGGGUGAAGCCAACGUUAUAGCUCUCACUGAGCACUACAUUGCAAGUUUCUCCUGUGGCUUUGACCUCUACGCUUAUCCAUUUGACACCCAAGCUUGCAGUUUAGACCUCGAGUUGCUCUCCAUCUACGACAAGUAUGUACAAUUUAAGGUAGACGAGGGAACGGUAUCGUACAAUGGACCUGGUUUUCUCUCACGUUAUGCCAUACGCAACCUGCAGUUCGGUGAGGCCUCGAGGGAAAGACAACUGUAUGUGGUGUUUGAGUUGCGGCGACGUAAAGGCAUGACGGUGUUGUCGACCUUCGUACCGUCUGUGUUGUUGCUGCUGGUGAGCUGGGCGACUCUUUUUGUCAAACUGGACGCACUAAACGUAAGAGCCAUCAUGUCUCUCACCACACUACUCGUGCUCUACACCCUCUUCUCCAACCUCUCCAGCUCGCUUCCUACCACUGCCACCAUAAAACUCAUCGACAUCUGGUUCUUCUUCAUCAUAUUCCUCCUAUUUUUCAACAUCAUAGUCCAUAUCUUUGUCAAUAUCGAGAAUAAUUGGAUCCACAUGAACCAAGAUGUUGUCCUAAAGGUGACGCCCAAAGAGGCAUUCAAUGAGUCCACUUUCCCCAAUUCUGUGAGAUUAUUUGUCUGGUAUAGAAAAUGUAUAUUGCCAGUUUUGAUUCUUGUUUUUAAUAUUAUUUUUUGGAUAUUAGUUUUAACAUACACAUAACUUAUUUCUGUGUAUUAAUUUAUGGAUUUGUGAAGGUUAUACCACGAAGAUUUACAUCCCCUGACUCCUGGUUCUUAUAUCAGUGGCUUCUUUUGUAUUUCUUAUCGAUGAAAGUGAAAAUCUGAUGUCAACCCUUCAAGAAACUUUUACCUAAAUGUUGCCUUUAUUGGUGUAAGAAGUGGCGAGGCUGCAUAUCCACUUAGGUCAGGUCUAUGUAUGUAUGUAAAGAGUUAACAUAAACAAGUGUCGCGUAAAGAAUUUUAGUUCUCUCUGAUAAGGUGUGGAGAGAACGAGUUUAUGGAUAACUCACGUAAAGAAGAUGUGUAGUUGUGGGUGUUAAUAUUAUAUCGGUAUAAUUGUGACCGAAUGAUCCUCACCUUUUUCGAAGACAAUGUUUUAUUUGGAAUUGAAUGGAACAUCUAACUACAAAUAUAUAAACGCCUAGUGCUGGUUAUGUUAUGAAUUACUCUUGGAAAGAUUUAAUGUUCCUGUUUUUCAUAAAAAUUCUAUAAAUAUGUAAUUCAUGAAGUACUGUAAUUACCAAAAACUAAGGUAAUUAAAAAAUCUCAGUAAAAGUACUUCUGGGCAUGCUGAUUCCGAAUAUAUAGUUCACGGUUCGAUUGAAGGGUAAUUAGUGGUCGUAAUGAUGCUUGGAAGAUUUUAAUGACAUCUUCCAAUGCUAAUUACUUGCCAAUUAUGGGUUUCCCAGGUGCGAUUUUGGUGGGUUUUUUUUUAGCUAUUCUGGAUGUAUUUAAGUAGUUAAGUACCUUAAAUUCCAAUUCUGAGAUAAAAGUAUAUUUUGGCCGAAAAAUUACCAAGGGGCUUACAAUUUUUGGCCAAAAAAUAAUUUUGUUAAAAAUCGCAGUAAAAGUACUCCUGGGCAUGCCGAUUCCGAAUAUAUGAUCCACGGUUCGAUUGAUGGGUAAUUAGUGGUCUUAAUGAUGCUUGGAAGUUUCAUAUAGAAAACAGUAAAUCUUUAUCAUAGAAAAUGGGAAUUUUUUCAUUGAAAAUAGUCUCAUCAUAGAAAAUGGGAAGGACAAGUACCUAACCAAAUUCCAACUUCUUUACCCUAGAUCCUAAAUCAGCAUGUCGAGUACCUUUACUGCAUACCGUCUGUCAUCAUGAGAUACCUAAUCCAUUUCACUAACCACUUUGAUGCCAUUCUUUUGGUUAAGCACAAACUCAGCAUGAUUAUCAUGGAAAAUAUAUUUUAUUAUCCAUUACACAAUCAUAACUUGUAAAUAUCCAUACGUCAGGCACUGUCAACAAGAACAGCUUAUCUUUUGACAUGAAUUAUAACAAAAUGUCUGUUAUUAGCUACAUUCAGUACAAUGUUACCUUAAAAUCCUUAUGGAGUUGUGUGGGAAGGCCAGGGGGUUCUCAUCUUGACACACAAGAUGGGAGUGCGACCACUGCCCGACCCACACAGGUGGUAUACUCAUAGGUUCACUUUAAUUAGCUAUUUGCCUCUCUGAAAGCAGGAAACUCAAUGUGGUAUUUUUCCCUUUAUUAAUAAGCUAUGUCCCUCAUUUAAAAUAACAUGGACUUCCAGAACAAGGGUAGCAAGUUAACUGGACCUCAGUUCUAUUAAGACCCAACCUAACACAAAUGGGCCAUACUCCUACUGGAUAGAGUGAAGCAUACUAGAAAUGGGUCCAUUUAAACCUGUAGCCCAAAACAGGAGGGUCAAGCCUUAUUAUUUCAUCAGUUUAAAAAUCUGUGUUGAAGUGUGCUGUGUGUUCGUCAAUUUGUUGAACAUAGCGGUGUUCAUGAGGGUGAGCUAACUGGUGUAUGCAAUAACCUGCAUAUUCAUCUUGCAGUUUUAUGUACAGUUAUGAACAAAGUCCAUCUACACUCCUCUUUGAUACUGUAAGACACCCACAUGAGACAUUAAUGUGCCACCUAUGGACAGAAAAAUUUCAGGUGUUUACAAAAACUUUUUUCACAACAUUAUCUGAGAUUUUCUUGAGUUUGUUGACUGUAUAUAAAGACAAGUACUGUACAGUUUGUGUGUGUGUGUGUGUGUGUGUGUGUGUGUGUGUGUGUGUGUGUGUGUGUGUGUGUGUGUGUGCGUGUAAUGAAGGAAGGAAAGCUGAAGAAGGGGCGAGUGGUGGGUGAGUUAUGAGUGAGUAACUGUAUGGAUGAGAGUAUGAGUGGAAAGAGUAAGUGAAUUACACAAAAAAAAAAGUACAAUAUAUUAGAAAAAAUAAAAGAAUGUAGGUAAGUGAAUUAGUGACGUGUGCCUUUGGUACAUGCAUGAGAGAGAGAAACGUCUGAAGUGUAAUUAGUACAUAAUUGGGGACUAUUCCAAUAAUCUUGAGUAAUUAUUCACGACACCCAAAUAACUACUGUACUUUAAAACUGAUACAAAAAAGGGCAAAGGCUUGGCAAUCCAUUUAAAUAACAAUACAAAAUAUCUAUACAUGUAUUUUCCUUCACUCCUCCCAAUAAAUCACAUAAUAUGUAACCUUAAAUACUUUAGUUAAAAAAGGUGUUACAAUCCUGGUGCUUCAGCUGCUGUUUCAUUCAUAAAAUAGAUUCAAACUACAAAAAAAUUUACCAUUAUUUUUCAGAAGUAAUGUACAGUAGUUUCAUAAUAGCAUCAAAAAACAAAAUUUCAAUACAGUAGUUCUUGUCUGAAAUAAGUCACAAGUGUUAUGACUAACUUGUAGAUACAAUGUACUAUACUUUACAUAUCACUAAAGGCAGUGCAUUUCAUACAUCCUUCCAUCUAUGAACUUCCUAUGUGAGCUUGAUACAUCUCCUGCUUCAUAUAAAAGGCUGCUGUGUUAAAAAAUACAACUUUCAAAGAGUAAAUCCUGAAGCUCACUGUCUUGGUUGCAAGAUCCUGGGCUAAAGCUGUGAACUCAGUAAAAACCUCAUAAUUCACACAUCCCCUAAUUCAAAAUCACUCCUAAUUCGUUAUGUUUUACUAUAAAAAAAUUUAUGCUUCAAAUUUUGUAAUAUUUGGUAA